AUGAUGUACAGCUUUAUGGGAGGUGGAUUAUUCUGUGCUGGGAUUGGAAAUAUACUGCUGGUGGUCUCCACAGCUACAGAUUACUGGAUGCAGUAUCGCCAGGCCAGCGGUUACAUGCACCAAGGCCUGUGGCGCUACUGCGUGCCUGGGAAAUGCAUGAUACACACUGACAGCAUUGCUUACUGGGAUGCCACCCGUGCCUUUAUGAUCCUGGCCAUCAUGGCAUGCUUCUUCGGCAUGCUCAUAGGCAUCAUGGCUUUCAUUAACUACACCUCUUUCGGUGGCUUCGACAAAACAUUUGCUGCUGGAAUUCUCUAUUUCAUGUCAUGCUUUUUCGUGCUUCUGGCAAUGGCUGUGUACACUGGGGUGACUGUCAACUACUACGGGAAGCGAUACGGAAACUGGAGAUUCUCCUGGUCAUAUAUAAUGGGCUGGGUGUCAGUGGUGCUUACAUUCUUUUCAGGCAUGUUCUACAUGUGUGCUUAUCGGAUGCACUCACCAAUAGGCCCCAUGUCACGCUGA